AUGGAAGAUCGAUUGAUUUAAUUACAAGAAUUUUCAGGCAUAAAAGAUCGAAUUUAAUUAGACAACUCUUUUUCCUCUUAGGAUGAGAAUUUUAUGCCUUAAUUUAGUUCGAACGUACAAAAGGUACAAUAGAGUUUAAACAUUAUCAAAAAUAACAACCUAAGAAUGAGGGAAAUGUUGAGCAAAUAUUCUAUAGCCACUACAUCCUCUGUUGAAUAAGGAUUGUCAAGAGAAUUAGAGUAGAUUAUGAUGCAAAAUUAACAAAUUAGUAAAUAAAUAAAGGAAGCGAUGAAGGAUAUCAAAGAAGAAGUUGAAAGAAGUAAAAGAGAGAAGGAUUAAGAGGAUCAAACUGAAACCAGAAUAUAAAUAGAACAGGAAAAUGCAUUGGCUAGUUCAGUUUAUGAAGUUUUACAGGCUUCUUCUCAGAUUUCUUACUAAUAUUAGAUUGGAGUGAGAGAGAAAAUCAAAAGGUAAGCCAGGAUUUUAGAUGAAAAUGCCACAGAAUAGUUUUUAAAUGAAAUAUGCAAUGAUCCAUAAAAAGCAACAUAAUUAUUGCAAAAUAAACUCUAUGGAGGAGCUCCUUCAGUUCAACUCACUAGUGCUGUUUCAGACAUAUAAGAGAAGUAUAAAGACAUUCAAUAGUUGGAAAAAUCUGUCUAAUUGGUUUUUUAACUAUAGUAAGAUUUAGCAAUCUUAGUUGGGACUUAAGGCUAAAUAACUACUAAUAUCGAAGGUAGUCUUACUUCAGCCAAAUCUUAUGUUAACAAAGCCAAAGAUGAUCUUAUAGAUGCAGAAGGUGAUCAUAAAUCAGCUAAAAAGAAAAUCUGUUGUAUUAUCCUAAUAGGUGUUGUAAUUUUGGCUGUAAUUAUUGGACCUAUAGUUGCCACAGCAUGAACUAUUCAUUUUAUAAAAUUGUUAUUUCCUUUUAAUUUUUAAAUAA